AUGCCACGAUUGGAAGAGUCAGAAAUCAAAAAAUAUUGGCAAAUUUUUCAAGGUCUAAAACCAAUUGAUAACAAAGUAAGUGGUGAUACAGUUGCUCCAGUAUUAAAGAAUUCAAGAUUACCUCAACAACAAUUAUCAUCAAUAUGGGCAUUAAGUGAUAUCGAUAAUGAUGGAAGUCUAGACUUUGAAGAGUUUUGUAUAACGAUGAGAUUAAUCUUUGAUCUUGUGAAUGGUUCUAUAGCUGAAGUACCUGAUCAAUUACCUUCUUGGUUAAUUCCUUCAUCAAAAGCUGCUUUAAUUCAAGCCAACCAAGCAGUAACUCAAGGAAGAAAUAUAGGAGUAGAUUAUGAAGAUGAUGAAGAUGGUUUAAGUGAAAAUUUUGAUUGGUAUAUUUCACCAAAGGAUAAAUCAACUUAUGAAACUAUAUAUCAAUCAAAAAAUGAUAAUUUUGGUAGAAUAAGAUUUGAUUCAUUAAAUUCAUUAUAUUCAACAUUAAGAAAUGUCCCCACAAGUGAUAUAUCAUCAGCAUGGAAUUUAGUUAACCCAAAAUCAUUUGAAACAAUAGAUAAAGAUCAAACAUUAGUAUUUUUACAUAUUUUAAAUCAAAGAGAAAAUGGUAAAAGAAUUCCUCGUGGAGUACCAGCAAGUUUAAGAGCUACUUUUUCAAAAGAAGUUCCCAGUUAUGAUUUAAAAGCUCAAAAUAAACCUUCUUAUAACACACAAACUCAAGCUUCAAAACGAUCUUUUGCAAAUGAUUAUUUAACUAAAUUAGGUCAAAACAAUACAAUAUCAGAUAAAGGAACAGAUUUUUCAGGAGUUGAAGGUACAGAUUGGGAAGAAGCAAGAUUAAAAAGAGAAUUAAUAGAUUUAGAAAAUUUAAUAAAAGAAGUUUCAACAAGGUCUGAAUCAGAAAAAAAAGAAAAUGAAAAACAAAAUUUAAUAAAAUAUGAAUUUGAACAAUUAUUAAAAUAUAAACAAGAACAAUAUAAAAAGCAACAAUUAGAUGAUGGAGAAGAUUUAAUAAAAGUUGAAAAUGAUAUAAAAGAUUUAGAAACUCAAGUUGAAUCAUUACAAGAAUAUUUGGAAUCUCGAAAACAAGAAUUGAAUAAAUUAAAUCAAGAAAUAUCUGCACUACAAUAA